CUGUACUUCACUCAGUGUGCAGAUGCGAAGGUGGAGGCGCUGUCUGACAGCCUCCAGACCACAAUGGCCAAAUGGAAGGGUCACAUACCCAUGCCUCUCCCUCUGGAGCUCUACACAUCCUCCACCUUCAUUGGGCUCUUUGUGGAGGAGCAGAUGGCAGAGGUUCUGAAGAGUUUUGCUGCCGAUUUUGCCACUGAGGCUACAUCCAAAGCAGAUGUUCACGUUGAGCCUCAUAAGAAGCAGCUUCAUGUCACUUUGGCAUACCACUUUCAAGCCAGUCAUCUUCCAGUUUUGGAGAAGUUGGCCAAAAAUGUGGAUGCGUCAGCAGGCUGUGAUUGGCUGGCCGUGCUUUUGUCCAGGGAUAUCCGUUUUGCUAAUCACGAGACGCUGCAAGUCUUGUACCCGUAUGUGCCUCAGAAUGACGAUGAGCUGGAGUUGGUGCAGGGAGACUUCAUCUUCAUGUCUCCAGUGGAGCAGACCACUGCCAGUGAAGGGUGGUUGUACGGCACCUCUCUGGGCUCGGGUCUGUCCGGCCUGCUGCCUGAGAACUACGUUAGCCGUGCUGAUGAGUCUGACACCUGGGUUGUCCACGGGUCUCACUCCUUUCUCAACUGUGCCUCUCCAUCUACCUCCGGUAGCACCGUGGGUGGGUUAUUAUUCGACGGACAGCUAAAUGACAGUCUACUGGACAGUUUUAUGGAUCCUUCCAGCCUUUCUGGCCUCUGUCCUCCUAUGCAGGUGUCAAGGCCAAGUGGUCAGCCCUCCUUAUCCAAGAUGAGAAUGUUUGUGUGUCGCCAUGGCGAGAGGAUGGAUGUGGUGUUUGGAAAACACUGGGUCACUCAGUGCUUUGAUUCUAAAGGCCGAUACAUUCGCUCUAAUCUCAACAUGCCGUCCAGCCUACCAGCCAGAAGCGGAGGUCAACGGGACUACGAUAAGGACUGUCCUAUUACUGUGUUUGGCUCCACACAAGCCCGCCUUGUAGGUGAAGCCCUGUUGGAAAGCAGCACGACAUUAGACUUUGUUUACUGCUCUCCUUCUCUUCGCUGCGUCCAGACUGCCCACAACAUUCUGCAGGGUCUUCAGCAGGAAGGAAAGACAAAAAUCCGGGUGGAGCCUGGUUUGUUUGAAUGGACCAAAUGGGUUUCAGGCACAUGUUUACCCACCUGGAUCCCCCCGGCUGAGCUAGCUGCCGCUAACCUAAGCGUGGACACAACAUACAGACCUCAUAUUCCCAUUAGUAAGUUGGCAGUUUCGGAGUCCUAUGACACCUACAUCAGCAGGAGCUUCCAAGCGACCCGAGAGAUUCUGACAGAGUGCAAAAGUCUGGGAAACACGGUCCUGAUUGUGGCCCAUGCUUCCUCCCUAGAGGCCUGCACUCGCCAGAUACAAGGCCUCACCCCCCAAAACUCCAAGGACUUUGUCCAAGUCGUCCGCAAGAUUCCUUACCUGGGAUUUUGUGCUUGUGAGGAAAUGGGAGACACGGGGGUGUGGCAGCUGGUUGACCCACCCAUCUUGCCUCUGACACAUGGACCUAAUCACAGUUUCAACUGGAGGGAAAUGCUCAUGCAUGACUGA